AUGUCUUCAGCGCGCGUGCUGCUGCGAUCGAGCCGUUUGGCCCUUCGCUCCAAUGCCCGCACUUUCGUCUCAACCACAUCACGAUUCGCAGUGCCCAUGAGCGAGCGAAUGAACGACACAGCCGAAGAAUACAGACGAUACAUGAAAGAGAAGCCUCUCAAUCCGCAUCUCACCAACACAAACUCCACCAUCGCCAACGAGUUCCCCAGCAUCGGCGAAGAUGGCCCACCACCCGAGCUCAUCACCAGCGUCGACCCAAACUUCACACCCAAGGACUCCACCCCGUCCAACACCGAGAAGAUGACGGGCGGCACCCAAGACCCAGCCCCCAAAUCCGGCCCCAACUCCGACCUAGAUGUAGGUGAAAUCGAAGGCGGCUCCUUCAGAGUUGAGCCCCUCCGCCGCACCGGCGAGGACGCCAACACAAUGCGUGCCCGUCUCCUCUAUCAAAGCCGCAAAAGAGGCACGCUAGAAUCCGAUCUCCUCUGCUCCACCUUCGCCAACGACAACCUCGCUACAAUGUCCCUUCACCAACUCCAACAAUACGACCUGUUCCUCGACGAGAACGAUUGGGAUAUCUACUACUGGGCCACGCAAGAACCCACCCCGACGACAAUGGCGUAUGCAGAAGGGGCGGGACCUGGUAUGGCAUCGCCUGAAGCGCAAGGGAUGGACAUCACACCGAACGAAGAUCCUAAGAUAAACAAGCCAGCAAAGGGCGAGUGGGCGCAGACUGUAGGGACGUUCAAGCCUGCGUAUAGACCCGUACCGCAGAGGUGGAAGAACAGUGAGAUCCUGAGCUUGUUGAGGAAGCAUGUCAUUGACCGCAGUGCUGGGGGUGUGGAGAUUACUGGUGAGGGUGGAGCGCCUAAGGUUCAUCAUCCCAAGGGAGGAGGUCUGGGUUUCAUGCCCGAACUCAAGAACUUUGACCAGUAA